CUAUCCAUUUUUUUUCUUCGCCUCACAUCUGGAGUGGCAAAAGGCAAUUUACUCAGCGCAGAACCCAAUGCCAAAGGCAACCUCUAGCACCAGCUCAGGGGCACGUCCUGCCCUUCGCAGAAACCAGGCUUGCCGCUCUUGUCGUAAACGGAAGCUUAAAUGUGAUGCUGCUCGUCCCCAUUGCGGUACCUGUGUCAAAUACUGGCAAUCCCUCAUAAGUGUUCCUGCACCUGUCGGAUAUACACACCCUGCCGAACCUCAGUGUGUGUAUGAUCCGGUGGAUGGGUUGACUCUCUCCCCCGACACGGAUCCACUCGAGAAAAUUCGGUUGCUGGAGGAAGAAGUUUCGAAACUUAAGAUCCAAUUACAUGAGCAGAACGUUCCUGCUCGAAGUCCAGGGCCCUCGAUGUCGCGUCGGCAUAGCUAUGGUCUUUGUAGACCUGGAUCCUCCCCGACGUUAUCGGGAUCUGAUAGUCAAAUACCUGUUCCUGGAAGUAAACUUCCUGCUUACAAUCCAGGAGAUUCAUUAGGGUUGAAUCAUCUUAACUUUCGACAAGACAACCUUGGCAUAAACAUACAGUGUGCGGCUGUUACCGACGCUCAUGCAGAGUUAAUUCACACCGGUUGGAAUACUGACCUUCCCGAGCCUCGCGUCCUCGAUCAUUAUAUAGAAACGUUUUUCAGGUGUGACCCCUGUGGCCCGCGCAUACUUCACCGGCCCUCCUUCUUGGCCGCCAUACGCCUUCAUCCUCGAGAUCCAGCGUUUCCGCACUCCGCUAUCCUGCAUGCUAUUUGCGCUUGCGCCUCCCGGUGGUCGUCUAGGAGUGUAGCUAUGCAACCAGACGGGUCCGGAAAAGACGAGUUUGCGGAGUAUCAUGCAAGUAAAACUCGAAAGUACAUAGAUAGGACAAUGGCUACAGGGGAAGACAUUUUCCAAGUGGUUCAAGCAUGCAUUAUUCUUUCCUGGUACUUCUACCAAGAAGGUAGAUGGGUGGAAGCGUGGGUGUUCGCUGGUUUCCAAACACGUGUUUCCAUCCCAUUGCGCCUGAACUAUCCUGGGACCUUUUGCACGCAUGGUCACGCUCUGACAGCAGGAUACUUGCCCCCUCCGAAGGACUUUCGCGAUCUCGAAACUCGGCGGCGUACCUGGUGGAUGUCCAUAGUUUUUGACCGGAUUGUUGCCGCAGGCGGCUGGACGCACUCCAUCGAUGAGAGGGACAUUGGCACGGAGCUUCCGUUGAGAGGAGAAGAUUUCGACGCCGAGCAUCUCAUUCCAAACAACCCUCAAAAUAUGAGCACGGAAGACUUCUUUACUACGCACCUCCCGAAAUAUACCGACUCUUUUUUACUGUUCAUUAAGGCCGUUAUGAUGUUCGGCAGAGUCACAGACUACAACGUUCGUACCAAAUUGCGGACCUCAACACCCCUCAAAAAGUAUCAGGAUCCAUUUGCACUACCUGGCUUCAAAGAGUUGGACAGUCUAGUCCAUAAAGACUUUCUUGAAAAUCUGCCACACUCACACAGGUUCAAUAUCGGUGUAACCGACAUGUCAGCUAAUGGAUCAUCUGUUGAUACUGACCUCUACAUGGCUCAUGUCGUACCCUACGCGGCGAGCAUAACACUCCAUAACCCGUAUCUGGACCUAAAUGAUGUUCACCACCCUUCCACCAGCCGUUGUAUCGAAGCUGCACAGGCGAUAUCAUCAGCGUACUACAUGCUUUCCGCCACAUCUCUUGAUACGACACGAUUGCAUCCUUUCAUUACUAUAUGUUGGUAUCUCGCAGCGGCUGUCCAGGUUCAAGUUUGCAAGCAUUUUAUUGAAAUGGGUGACCGAGUCAGAGAAGCCCAAGUCUGGGGUGAAAUCAACGUACUGAGAGAGGCAAUGUUGAAUUAUGGAGCACGGUCUCCCAUCGGAAGUAGGGACCUGGCUUUAGUAGGUUCUGAUAUUACUCACAUUGUUUGCCAGCUCGGCAAGAAGGCCUCCUACGAGGCUUGAUGAAAGAAGUCGUUCAGCUGUCAAGUCAAAAUCAACCCCUUGAAGUCGGAUUACCUCUGUACCCGUUCUCCCAUUCUACUGUGUUUGCCAACCCAAACGUGCCCUACUGCGAUGGGCCCAUAGCACCUCUCCCCAAUCCAAGUGUACCGGAACACUAUGAAACGAGAUUCGAGGAAAGUACUGUUGGGGUAGAACUUGCUGGCCAACCUCCAUCACCGGCGCUCUAUGCAGGGGCUUCAAUGAUCGCAGACCAUCUGCAGGGCGAUGUUCCCCUUCAUAGUGGUGACUUCUUAACGUGGGA